AUGAAUCCAGCUUGAUAAUUGUCAUGUAACCUGCAAAUCUUGACUAUUAUAGAAAAAGUUAUUACUCCUUUCCCCAUUAAAAAUAAAAUUUCAAAUAUGGGAAUAUUCUUUUCGAAAAAGAAACAAUCUAGUCGCGUUACAGAUCAAGAUAAAGCAGUUUUGCAAUUGAAGCAAACAAGAGAUAAAUUGAAAGUGUAUCAAAAACGAAUUGAACAAAACAUUGAAAAAGAUAGAGAAAUAGCAAAAAUAUUAUUAACAAAGAAUCAAAAAGACCGUGCACUUCUUUUGUUACGCAAGAAAAAAUUCCAGGAACAAAUUCUUGUCAAAACAGAUGGUCAAUUAGAAAAUCUAGAACGAAUGGUACAUGAUAUUGAAUUCGCUCAAGUUGAAACAAAAGUUGUUGAUGGCCUUAAAGUUGGUAAUGAAGCUCUCAAAAAAUUACAUGCUCUACUAUCAAUUGAUGAUAUAGAAAAAGUUAUGGAUGAGACAAAAGAAGGUGUUGAAAAACAACAAGAAAUUAAUGCGCUUCUAUAUGGUGAAUUAACUGAAGUAGAUGAAGAUGACGUUGAAGCUGAACUGAAUGCAUUGAUAACAGAAGAUGCUGAACUAAAAACACCUGAAAUUACAACAGAUGUACCAUUGCCAGAUGUACCUGAACACGAACCUUAUAAGGACAAAGAAGCAAAAAGCAAAUCGCAAGAGCCUGUUGCUUUAGAAGCAUGAAUGGUACCAAAUUAAUUAUUUUUAAUGCUCUUAUGUAUAUAUGUACAGCUUAUAUUUAAUAUUUGUACCAGAUAAACUAUCUUAUCAUAUCUAGUACAUUCAUUUCAUAGAUUAGAUCAAUAUAAGUAAAAAAUAACUUUUCCUAUGACUGUAUUUUUUUGUGAAUAAGUUUUUAUGAACUAAAUUUCAGAAUGAAACUAAUAUGAAUUGCUGUUGUGUACAUUGUGUAAUAUUGCAUUGAAUCAAUCCUUUGGACUUUGUAUUACUGACCUAUUUUGAGGGAAGUAAAUCGUUGUUUUUGCAAUAUAACGUGAUAAGAGUAAUAUAUAAUUGUGAUGUUUGUAA